GAGGUGAGAGGGCUGCCAAGGCCGGCGAUGAAGGGAGCCGUUAUCCUGUGCGGAGCCGCAGUGACUGUGCUGGUUGCGCUCUAUUUGCGCUUCUCCUACACGGAACCACUGGCCCAUAAUGGGAGGCACAAGUCCUUGCUGCGAGCCCAGCGCAACCCCGGGCUGGAGAGGGAAAUCAUGGAGAGACACGGAGACAUGAUGAUCUUACUCACUUCACUACUGGCGGGUUCGGGGGAAGAUGGAGCAAGGGGAGAGGAUCAGCUGCUUCCCAGGGCGAUGGGGCAGGGGGCUCUAGGCUGUAAGGACCUCACGUAUAUAUCUGGGCUCCAAUAUGUGGGCUCCGGCUUCACUAAACUUGUCCUGAGGGGAACUCUGCUCAACGGCAAGGAAAUUGCCCUCAAAUCCGUGCACAAUGGGGGCAACGAUGUGACUCGCUGCGUGCGGCGCUACGGGGACCUGACUGGGUGCGGCACCCUCGCCACCUACAAACUGCACAAGGAGGUCACCCUGCUCCGGACCUUGCGGCACCCCGGGAUCAUUACGUUGCAUGGACAUUGCUACGAGAAUAGCAUUGCUCCUGACUUUAGGGUCACAGCUAUGCUGGAACUCGGAUCUCCCCUUGAGAUGAUUCAGCUUCUGCAGACCCCCUGGGAGAAGAGAUUUAAAAUUUGCCUGGAACUGGUAAAUUUGCUGCAUUAUUUAGCCAACUCUCCCAUGGGUUCCAUUGCUCUCCUGGAUUUCCAGCCAAGGCAGUUUGUCCUAGUUGAUGAAAACCUGAAAGUGACAGAUAUAGAUGAUGCCACAAUGGAGGAGCUUGAAUGCAAAACUGACAAGGACUGUGCUCUUGAAUUUCCAUCCAGGACAUUUGCUGUCAAGUGCUCCAAGGCUGGGAGAUGCACUGGCAUCAAUGAAAAAAGGAACCUCUUCAAUGCAUAUAGGUUUUUUUUUACGUAUCUGCUACCUCACGCAGCGCCUCCUGCUUUGCAGCCUCUUCUCUUGGACAUUAUGAAUGCUACAGGUGACUUACGCUAUGGCAUUAAUGAAACCCUGGAAGCAUUUCAGAAUGUUUUGAAUCUGUACAAAUCAGGAAUGAACCAUAGGAGGCGACUGCUAUAUUUAAAAGACUACAUGCUGAUAGAAGGAUACAGACUAAAUGAAACCAAUGAUGGCUACAGAUGUUGGCCGUCUUACAAUCACAGAGGGUGUGUGCUGUCUGUUCACAAUUCAGAAGAAGCUGCCGAAUUCUGUAGCAAGAACACAAACUGUCACCACUUUAUCAUUGGUCACCAAAGAACCUGGACAGGCCGACUUCUAGCAACAUUCACCAGUAGCACGCACAAACUUAUCCCCGAUGUCAAUUCACGUGUUUAUAUGAAAAAACCAAGCAACGUCAAAAAGUGAUGGGGAGAUGCUUUAGAGUCACGCUGGCUUAGACACCCUUUAGUUAUGUGAUGCACUGAAGGAAUAAUUGGCCCUAUUGCCAGUUUGAGGAAUUAUAAGGGUUGUCCAAGUGUCAUACACUCAGCAUCUUUAAAACAUUCAGCAUUUACAUUGGGCACUAAUGCUUAAAAGCAAGUUCUCAAGACUCCUUCCUGUUUGAUAUAAAGAAGUUUUACAAAAUCCUUGACUGGGGUAGAAGACAAAAAUGUGUGCCAGAUUGUCGAUUAUGAGAUUAAUCCAGUAUAAAUGAUGGAAGGAUCAUGUAGGAGACUAUGGUUGGUUAGUUAAUGUGCAUUUGGCACCAGGACGGUUGAGUUGCUUGGAUUUCAGAAACUCAUCUAUAUGCCUGAGCUGGAAUGGAAAAUACCAAACUGAUUUUUUAAUGUAGAAGGAAAUUAAUUUUGGCCAGGGAACCACACAGUACUGCACUACAAUGGGAGUCAUACUUUGUACUUUAAAUUAUGAAGUUACAGAUCAAACACUCAACAGUUACUUAAAUAAGGCAGUGACAAUCAGCCUGUGGCCUUCCAGCUACAGACUGAGAUUUGUAAUUAGGGCACAAUGCCACAGAAUGGCUUUUCCAGAUGUGGUGACAAUUGCCCAGUACUGCUUCUCACAAAGAUCUAUAUCACAAUGUGGAUAUUUUUAAUAGGCAGCUACCUUUUAUAGCCAUAGGAAAGCAAUAGCUUACUGUAUGUUGCUAAACUUAAACUUCCAUCAUUCCACAGACUGUGGGAAAAAUGCAUUGGUGCUUUAAAAAAACUGUAAAACAUAGGAAUACAUUUGAUUUUUUUGUAAUGACUUCAAACUAUUUUACUUUCAUUAUUUUAAGAACAUAUCUGUAUUUAUAGAGAUAGAGAGUUAUGUUCCAAACAUAUUUCAAGGUAACGCCUUAACUGAGCAUACAUCUGUUGAUUCAUAGGUGCAUUGUUUUUAAUAGCCUUAUAGGUUGAAAAUGUUCUUUCAGUGAAAGAUAUUUUUAAUGUUGUUAAUUGUGUUGUAAAAUAUAGCAAUAAAUUAUUUUUGGUCACUAA